AGCGAGCAGAGGCGGCGUGCGGAGCAGGCAGGCGCGCUCACGGUCCCCGCAGCUCUAGGGGCGCAGCCCAGGGGGCCCAGCCUGAGCCGAAAACAAGUGACUGCCUUUCUUUCCUCAUUUUUGGAAGCCCUGCCUACCACACAGCUGCAGUGGAUACCUCAGUCCCCAAUGGACGAAGAAAGCCAACUGAGCCAUCCCCAAGAACAGAGCUGCUGGGCUAGCCUGCCGGAUGUGUGCCUGCGUCGUGUCUUCUGGUGGUUGGGAGACAGGGACAGGUCCAGGGCAGCCCUUGUCUGCAGGAAGUGGAACCAGAUGAUGUAUUCAGCUGACCUCUGGCGAUACCGGACUAUCACAUUCAGCGGGAGGCCUUCCAGGGUGCAUGCUUCUGAAUUCGAGUCAGCUCUCUGGUAUGUGAAGAAAUUUGGUCGUUAUCUGGAGCACCUGGAGAUCAAAUUCCUGAAUCCUUACAAUUCUGUCUUGACCAAGAAGUUCCAGGUCACCAUACGGGGCCUCCUCUCAUGUCUGGGUAGGAGCAACAACCGCUUGAAGUCUCUUUCCAUCCAGCACCUGGAGCUGGACCGACUGGUCUGGAGGAACAGCAUCCGGUGCUCCUUCAUCAAGAGCUUGAGCUUCUUCUUAAAGAAAAUGGGUAAACACCUGGAUUAUCUCAACCUCAAGGGGGCCAGACUGACCGUGGAGCAGGGCUGCCAUGUCCUCAAUUCCCUGAGCUACUUAAGGAACGAGAGUACAAUUUCAGAGCUCAACAUCGAGGACUUCUUUAGCCACCACCUCGCCGUCUACAGCAGCCCCCAGUUCAACAAGACAAUGGCCACACUCCGCAACCUGGCUUCCCUGACCCUCAACUACAACUGCAUCUCUGACGAGCUGCUUGAGAACUUGUGCGAGAACAACGCCAGUACCCUCUGGACCAUGAACAUCAAAUGCCACAUCCAUGACCCCCAUGGGCAGGUCGUCUGGGGCAUGUCCUGGGCCAAGCUGGCCAGGCAUGCCCCCCAGCUAAAGGUGAACUUCUUCUUCGAGCGGGUCAUGAAGUAUGAGCGCUUGACUCGGAUCCUCUUGCAGGAGAUCCCUUGCAGGAGUAUCAGUCUGAGAAGCUGCUAUUUCAGUGACCCAGACUGGUCGAUGAGGCCCACGCUGCAGGAGCUCCUGCCCACCUUCCGGCAUACUCUGCAGAAAUUAACGUUCGAGUUCAACAACAACCAUGAGUCACUUGACGAGGAGCUACACUUCCUGAUCAUAUCCUGCAGGAAGUUAUUUUACUUCAAAAUCUGGGCUUUCCUUGAUGUUAAGUUUGUGGAGCGGAUCCUGAAGAGUCAGGAGGAAGGACAGUGUGCCCUGCGCACUCUCAAAGUGAGAAUUUAUACAAACAGAUGUGAGACAAAUGAAGAGGACAGGACACUCCGGGAAAUUUACAGGAAGUACAAAAAGCUCAUUGAUUCAGAGCUUAACUAUUUUGUCAUCGCUUACCCCAUGAUGUAGUAAGCACUGUCCAGAGAAAAAAAGCUAGAGCACUUUGAACUUGAAAACCCAGUUCUUGUAAUACUGCAUUUGGGGCCUCUCCAACCUUCACCCCUUUUUCUUUUCUCUCUCUUUUUUUCCCAGUUCCACAGCAGUGUAAACACCCAGCAAAGGCUGGGGCUGCUGAAGAAGUGAUGGCCCCAAGUGACUUUAAAAUCCUAUCUUUACCAACUAUCCAAGGUGAUUUCUCUUUUUUGUCGUUUGGUUUUGUUUUCUGACACCCUCCCUCAGUCAAAGCCACUUAGAGCAGGUUCUUAACUCUGACUGCUGCUAACCUACACUCCUAGCCAUGCUUAACUAGCCAUGGAGCAAAGAGAACCACAUUUUCUACUGACAUAAC